UUUAUAGAAUUUCGUCAACAAUUUCAGUUAUUGUUGGCGCCCAUGUAGAAAACAAUUUUUUCAAAACUGAGGUUGAUCAAAUCGGUUAACUAUGUCACAAGAAAAAUUAAGUGUGCUUGAUGCCCUAGACAACGCUCGUACACAAUGGUACCACGUCACCGCCAUAGUGAUCGCCGGAAUGGGCUUCUUCACCGACGCAUACGAUCUUUUUUGCAUCUCAGCCGUCUCUAAACUCCUCGGCCGCCUUUACUAUUUCGACCCCCAAUCACCUAAGCCCGGAAAGCUUCCUACUAAUGUUAACAAUGCCGUGACAGGAGUAGCUCUUGUCGGAACCCUAGCCGGCCAACUCGUAUUCGGGUGGCUCGGGGACAAACUAGGCCGCAAGAAAGUUUACGGAAUCACCCUCAUCAUGAUGGUCAUUUGCGCCAUUUGCUCUGGCCUCUCGUUUGGCUCGAGCUCACACUCCGUCAUGGGAACCUUAUGUUUCUUUAGGUUUUGGCUAGGGUUUGGCAUAGGCGGAGAUUACCCGCUCUCCGCCACAAUCAUGUCUGAAUACGCCAAUAAAAAGACUCGCGGCGCUUUCAUAGCCGCGGUGUUUGCAAUGCAAGGAGUUGGAAUAAUCUUCGCGGGGUUAGUUUCCAUGAUUUUUUCGCGCAUUUUUCUAGCGGUGUAUGCCGCUCCUCCCUACAACGAAGAUAAGGUCUUCUCCCCACUCUUUUCAACUCAACCCGAAGCCGAUUACUUAUGGCGAAUCGUGCUAAUGAUCGGAGCUUUACCGGCAAUAUUGACAUACUAUUGGCGUAUGAAGAUGCCGGAAACAGGAAGAUACACAGCAAUGAUCGAAGGGAACGCAAAGCAAGCCGCAGCCGAUAUGGGACGAGUUUUGGAGAUUGAAAUUCAUGAUGAACAAGAUAAGUUGGCUCAAUACAAGGCUGCAAAUAGCUACCCUUUAAUGUCAAUGGAGUUUUUACGUCGUCACGGGCUUCAUUUAUUAGGAACAUCAACAACUUGGUUUUUACUAGACAUAGCUUUCUACAGCCAAAACCUAACACAAAAAGACAUUUUCCCAGCUAUCCAUUUGGUCAAAUCUGAUACUCAUGUCAAUGCUCUUAGAGAAGUGUUUGAAACAGCACGUGCCAUGUUCGUUAUAGCCUUGUGUGGAACCUUUCCCGGUUAUUGGUUCACAGUUUUCUUAAUCGAAAAACUUGGUCGUUUCAAAAUCCAACUCGGAGGGUUCUUCAUGAUGUCAGUUUUCAUGUUAAUUAUAGGUCUCAAAUAUGAUUAUCUUAAAAGUCAUAAUGGAACUUUGUUUGCAGUGUUGUACGGAUUGACUUUCUUCUUUGCCAAUUUUGGCCCCAACAGCACGACCUUUGUCUUGCCAGCUGAGCUGUUUCCCACACGUGUGAGGUCCACGUGUCAUGCUAUCAGUGCAGCUUCGGGUAAGGCGGGUGCUAUUAUUGGUGCUUUUGGUAUUCAAACCUACACUUUGGAUGGUGAGGAUUUCUCUUCACGUUUUUAG